AUGGCGGCUGAUCCUUCGGGAAAAAUGGAAGAGAGAAACAACGAUGGUGAUCAGAAAAUGGAGGAAGUAUUGUUGCCCGGGUUUAGGUUUCAUCCAACCGACGAAGAGCUUGUAAGCUUCUACUUGAAGCGGAAGGUUCAACACAAUCCUCUCUCCAUUGAACUCAUACGACAACUCGAUAUCUACAAAUACGACCCCUGGGAUCUUCCAAAGUUUGCCACGGGUGAAAAAGAAUGGUACUUUUAUUGUCCGAGGGACAGGAAGUAUAGGAACAGUUCGAGGCCGAACCGAGUGACUGGAGCCGGUUUCUGGAAAGCCACGGGAACGGACAGGCCUAUAUACUCGUCGGAAGGAAACAAAUGCAUAGGUUUAAAGAAGUCACUAGUGUUCUACAAAGGCAGAGCUGCAAAAGGAGUUAAGACUGAUUGGAUGAUGCAUGAGUUUCGUAUGCCUUCGCUCUCUGUGCCAUCUCCUUCUACUAAGAGGUUCUUUGAUUCGCCUGUCUCUCCAAACGAUUCGUGGGCUAUAUGCAGAAUCUUCAAAAAGACAAACACAACGACCCUAAGAGCUAUGCCUCACUCAUUUGUUUCCUCGUUGCCAUCAGAGACAAGCAUAGACACAAUGUCGUCCGACCAAAAGCUAUCAAACACAUCACACUUUUCUUCAGACAAGAUCCUCAAAACUAGCUCUCACUUCCAGUUUCAUCAUGAGAAUAUGAGCAGUACUCCCAAAACUAGUACUAGUCCAACUUCUCAUGUUGCCACUAUAAAUCCAUUCUCUUACUUGGAUUUCACUUCCUACGAGGAAACCACCAACGUUUUCAAUCCUGUUUCAUGUCUAGACCAUCAACACCUCACUAAUCUCUUUCUUGCCACACAAGAAACACAGCCUCAGUUUCCAAGGCUUGCCUCACCUAAUGAAUCCCCCUCGUUUCUCGUAAACAUGUCUUCAUCAGAUUGUGCCUUGUUGGGAGAAUGCACAAGCCAGAUCGACCUAAGCGUGAUGUUGGCUCAAGAGCAGUGUCCCGCGCUUGUAAGCCUACCACAAGAGUAUCAAGAGAAGGGACUCGAAGGAAAUGGGGAAAUAAAGAACCUGGGUGGUUGCAAUGAAGAUUAUCAUUAUCAAGACGUGAAACAUAACAUGACAUUGUUGGAGAGUUAUUAUUCCUCUUUGUCUAAUGGCGAAUUGGCAAAUUGUUUCUCCACAACUUGA